AUAUGGGAAUACAUCAUGCAUAUAGUUAAAGUACUACAUUAUUUUGGCAGGAGCAUAGAGUGGGGAGGAGAACCAGGAGGGAACUGCUACAAUGAAACAACACCAAUUGAGGAUUCCUCAUAUUGGGACUCUAAUUCACUCAAAAGUAUAAUGCAAGUGAUUGGAGAAGAGUUCAAAAAAUCUAAAGUGCCCAUAACAUUUCUCAACAUUACUCAACUUUCGAGGCUCCGCAAAGAUGCGCAUACUUCAAUCUACAAGAAGCAUUGGAAUCCGCUGACUCGAGAGCAAUUAGCUAACCCUACUAGCUAUGCCGAUUGUAUACAUUGGUGUUUAUCUGGACUUCAAGACACUUGGAAUGAGCUUCUUUUUGCUAACCCUACUAGCUAUGUCGUCGUGGUCAUCCAGAUUAUGACGAGGAUGAGUCUAACGAUGAUGACGACGAGGAGUAAUACUGGUUUUAGUUUUAGUUUCGUAUAGUAGUUAUGACUACUUAUUUUGUUUAGACUUGUAGGCAUUAUUUCGUACACUAGUGUCGUUAUGUGUAUUUUGAAACUUAUGGCAGU